AUGUCGAACCUUUUAGAUCGGCCACGAGAGAACGACACUCCCAUGCCAGUGGACACGAUUGACCAGGAAGUUCCAGCUGAAUGGCAGGACAAUGACGAUGAAUACAGUGACUUCGGAGAAGAUCCUGAGGAGCUCGAAAUAGUCGAUCGGCUGCUUCUGGAAGUCGCCGCGCAACAGACCCGAGGCCAAAACGCGCCUCUGGUCGUCACGGACAUCGAGGACUAUGAGGCACCUCGAGGCGUUCGUCUGCCUAAGGUGUUCGGUCAUGAGACGACGCGUCAAUGGGAUAUACAGGAGCAAAUCCCAGACGCGAGGAUUGCCCAGGACAUACGUGACCCGAGUUCCGAGGUGAGAACACACCGUACAGAUGAAGAAGGGCGAAACUCGCAAACCCUAGACACGGAAACGCCUGGUGGACCAGAUGCUCAACCGGCCGGACCUGAAGCUGAACCCGAACCCGAUACUCGAAGCCCUCUAGAACGAUUCAGGCGGCCGCCGAAGAAAGCACUCUCAGUCACCGACCUCGUAUCACCUGCCUGGUGUGAACUGCAAUACUUCUACGUUCUGACCAAGCAUGGCCGCAAGAGGAGGACGCCUGCGAUGAAACAAGGCAGUGCGGUCCACCAGGCUCUAGAGGACGAAGUGCACGCUACGGUGCCGGUGACGAUCACCACCAAGGAAGACAGCUGGGGACUGCGGAUAUGGAAUAUCAUACAAGGCUUGAGGACGCUGCGUGAAACAGGCAAGACACGGGAGUUGGAGGUGUGGGGAUCAAUCGGUGGCGAGCUGGUGAACGGCGUGAUUGACGAGCUUAGCUACCAUUGUCCAGACCCGAAACUGGAGGAACAGAGCCUCAGGCUGUUGUCCAAGCAAGACUCUGAGCCUCCCUUGCCAGAAUAUCAAGCCAGCAUUCGGGACUACCUCGUCACCAGCGACAUCGGGGCACAAGGGCAGACCAUCGCCGAAGCACUAAGCAGCAACAACAAUCAUAACAGCCAGGCGAAACAAGCAGGGAGGAAUGGGAAGUCGGAAGAUGAAAGGAGAAUCUACCUUACAGACGUCAAGACACGGGGCUCCUCGACUCUACCUACCGGUUCCAGCGUACGUCCUACGAUUGUACAGUUACAUCUAUAUCACCACAUGCUGGAGAAUCUGGCGCAGGGGCAUUUCUCACUCGACCACCUCGCCUCGCGGUAUAGGCUAGAUGUGCACGCGACGUUUUCGGACGCAUUUAUCGCGCAGGUCGGGAAUCUCAACCAGGAGCUCUUCGUCUUCCCCAGCUCACAAACCGGAGGGCAUCCAGUUGACGAGGGUUUGGAUGAGGCCGUGCCCUCGAGUCAGGAUUCUAUCGACAUCUUACUCCAGCACAGCAACAUCGCUAGCCUCUGGAGUUUCAUGCUAGCUCAAUUCAGGGAAACGUUUCUGGUCUCGCUUACGUCUUCCACUGCUUCGAAGCGUGACCUUGGCUUUGAACAUGAAAAUUCUCCAGGCCACGACUACAAUUCUUCGUCAACGCCGCAAUCCUUGUCUCAAAACAAUCCCUCUUCCACGCCGCAAUCCCUGUCUCAAAUCCCCACGCCGCCCUCCUUUCCGACACGCUUGUCACCUCUGUUGACGGUGCGGUACGUCUCGACGUCCUAUGACUCUCGAUCUGGGUCGAAGCUUCUGGGUAGCAAAUCCAUCAUCUUCAACCCAUCAUUUCUCAAGUCGUACCUGUACGACGCGCUGGCCUUUUGGCGGGGAGAGCGUUCUCCCAAGGGCGUCGAAGUACAUGACGCGUGGAAGUGUCGUGUCUGCGAGUUUCGUGACGGGUGUGAAUGGAUCCACGAGAGGAAUGAAUUGAGAAUCAGGGAGGCUGAGGAGAGAAGAAAGAUGAGAGAGUCGACCGGCAUCGACGGUCAAGGCCGCGACAUUGAGCCGGCGUCGGCCGUAUCCAGCAGGAGUCGGGUUUAG